CCUCCACCAUCGUGUUCAUUCAUGCAUUUCGUCCUCCUUAGUCUGCCUUUUCAGCAAGCUUAAAGCGGUCUGAUCACACGUUCCCUGAUUACUCAUUUCUCUUCUCCUAAAAGUUUGGUGAUUCUAGCUUUCUAUAAUUUUGCCUUUUAAUAUCUGGGUACUUGAGAUCUUUACCUCUUUUGCGGUCUUGGCUUUUCAAGUUUUGUAGUUUUAAAUCCCCGGCUUCGGUCUUUCUAGUCUUCUUUUUACAUAUCGAUCGAUAUCUUUCUGUUGUCUGUCAUCAAGGUUCCCGUCUUUCUGGGAUUUGGUCUCGGGGCUGCAUCUUUUAGCUUUACGGUUUGAUUCUAUCGUCUAGAUCAAGUGCGUUACGGCCUUGUAGAGUUAAAAGUAGCAGUAAAGCUACUGCAAUGGAUUCUUGUUGUGCGACCUUGAAGGCCAAUGCCCAUCCGGUACAAGUUAGGAAAGGGCUUAUUACGAAUGGAGAUAAUGGAUUUUGGGGAGAGUGUCUCAGGGGGAGCCUGAACAACGGGACCAUGGGUACCAAGUUGACCAAGUCUUUGAGAACCGAAAAUGGAGGUAGAAAGAUCAAAACUGGUGUUGCUUACUCUGUUUUCACAGAUGUCAACAAGGAGGUCGCGACUCAGACCUUCCAAGCACCGCUACUUGGUAAGCAGAUAGCAGACCCAAAGAACGUCGCAUCGAUCAUAUUGGGUGGAGGUGCUGGCACUCGCCUCUUUCCGUUGACCAGCAGAAGAGCAAAACCCGCUGUUCCUAUUGGGGGGUGCUAUAGACUUAUUGAUGUCCCAAUGAGCAACUGCAUUAAUAGUGGCAUAAAUAAGAUAUUCAUCAUGACCCAAUUCAACUCUGCUUCUCUCAACCGGCACCUUGCUCGCACAUAUAAUUUUGGAAACGGUGUGAACUUUGGAGAUGGUUUUGUAGAGGUUCUAGCAGCCACUCAAACACCAGAAACAGGAACAAGGUGGUUCCAAGGAACAGCUGAUGCCGUGAGGCAAUUCAUAUGGGUAUUUGAGGAUGCCAAGAACAAGCAUGUUGAAAAUAUAUUGAUCUUAUCUGGUGAUCAUCUUUAUCGGAUGGAAUACAUGGACUUUGUGCAGAAGCAUGUGGACACAAAUGCUGAUAUUACAGUUUCAUGUGUACCAAUGGAUGAUAGCCGUGCAUCAGAUUAUGGAUUGAUGAAGAUCGAUAACACAGGCCGCAUCAUUCAGUUUUUGGAGAAACCAAAGGGUGCUGACCUUAAAGCAAUGCAAGUUAAUACCACUCUUCUUGGGUUGUCUCAACAAGAAGCCAUGAAAUAUCCUUACAUUGCAUCCAUGGGAGUUUAUGUGUUCAGAACAGAAGUUCUAUUAAAGCUUCUGAGGUGGAGGUAUCCUACAUGCAAUGAUUUUGGAUCUGAGAUCAUUCCGGCAGCUGUGAAGGAACACAAUGUCCAGGCAUAUCUAUUCAAUGAUUACUGGGAAGACAUUGGAACAAUUAAAUCUUUCUUUGAUGCUAAUUUGGCCCUUACCGAACAGCCACCAAACUUCGAGUUCUAUGAUCCAAAAACACCUUUCUUCACAUCUCCUCGAUUCUUGCCACCUACCAAAGUCGACAAGUGCCGGAUUGUGAAUGCAAUAAUUUCACAUGGGUGCUUCUUGCGGGAAUGUAGCGUUCAACACUCUAUAGUGGGUGUUCGAUCACGUUUGGAGUACGGGUGUGAGCUUAAGGAUACUAUGAUGAUGGGCGCAGACUAUUACCAUACUGAAUCUGAAAUCGCGUCCCUGCUGGCAGAGGGGAAAGUUCCAAUUGGUGUUGGACAGAACACUAAAAUAAGGAACUGCAUAAUUGACAAGAAUGCAAAGAUAGGAAGAGAUGUGAUUAUUGCGAAUAAGGAUGGUGUUCAAGAAGCAGACAGACCAGAUGAUGGAUUCUACAUUAGGUCCGGGAUCAUUGUUAUACUGAAGAACGCAACAAUUAAAGAUGGUACCGUCAUAUAGAGUCUUAAAUACAUCCAUGGGACAAAUAUGAGCUUUGGGAUGAAGGAGCUAAUGUGUUGCAUUUGGCCACGGGUAAAUUAGGAAUGCCUUUUUGUAGAAGAGCUUAAUAGAGUUUACUUGAUGAGGUAUGUUCCUAAAUAAAUCAAAAAAGCUCUGUAGUCGCUUUGUUUGUACAGGAGUCUGUUGAGUUGUACAGAGCUGAAGCAUUUACCUUUUAGAUCAAGUGACAAAGUAAUAAUGGAUCUUUUGAUAAUAUGCUAGCUCCAUAUUAAUUCACAUUGAAUGAAAAGCGAAUCAAAUGAAUGCC